AUGGACUCUCUCCACUCUCUCUCGGGACUUUCAGUCUUGCUUGAGAGCUUAUACUCCCUGCCAAUACCUGAAAUCAGCACAAGUGGAGGAUUUAAACAUCUUCUAUGUUCAAGCAUUGACAAGGAACGGAUCUUGGAGGCAAUCCCAGACACGCCACAUCCUUCCUCUCGACCACUGGCGUUGCUUGGUGCACUAUUGACCGAGUUACCGGGAUCAUGGCCGACGUUCCCUCUAGUCAAAUGCUUCACAAGACUAUAUCGCUUAAUGCCAGAAGAUGCCAAGUCUUAUAAAGAUACAAGAGCAGCACAAAUAAUUCACGACACCUCGAAACUGGUGAAAACAUCUUAUGGGUCGUUUGCCUCUUUUAUAUCUUACGACUUACGGCCAGCUCUGAGGUCAUCAACGCCAGGAAGCUAUAUAUCCCACAAGGGACUACGAAGAUUUGUUGAUAGCUUUCAACUCCCAUCUGGAAGUUUUACUCAGAAACCGAUUGUCGCAAUAGCUUUGCCCAAUGGCCCGUUGCUUGCUGCGACCUGUAUUGCGGUUACAACAUAUUAUACCUCUGCGCCAAUCAACCCUGCUGCUGGCGCUGAGCAAUUCCGCGCAGAUGUGCAACAAGCCGGUGCUAAGUUCAUAUUGACGACAAGAGACGACUAUGAAAGACUGGGAUUAGAGGAUCCCUGGGUCGCCUCAGCGGGAAUUCAAGUUUUCGUGGUCAAGUGGGACAAUAACGACAAGAUCGAGAUUCAAGACCUUAGCGGCAUUGCUAUUUCUCAGCCGAGCCAGAAUCUUCCUUACAAUGAACCAGAUGAUUUUGGAUUGAUACUUUUCACAAGUGGCACAUCCGGCACAAAGAAAGUCGUUCCCAUGACAAUGCACUCUAUUAUCGCUGGCAUCAGCUUCGUAGUAGAGUCAUGGGGUCUGACUGCUUCUGAUAUAUGUCUCAACAUGAUGCCAUUGUACCAUGUCGGAGGAUUGGUAAGAAAUAUCUUCGCUCCUAUCUUCGCAGGUGGAUCAACAGUCUGCUGCGCAGCAUUUGAUCCCGGUUUAUUCUGGGAUGUGGUCCAAGAAACUCCCGUGACGUGGUAUUACGCAUCUCCAUCAAUGCACUCCGUCAUCUUGGCUGCUGCGUCGGACCGUCAAGCGGCCCUGAAGCAGAGCUGUAUUAGAUUGGCAUGUAAUGCUGCGGGAGGUCUCCUGCCGUCGUUGGCGUGCAAACUUCGAGAUACAUUCAACUGCGUUGUGCUUCCAAGCUAUGGAAUGACCGAAUGCAUGCCAAUAUCAACGCCACCACUUGAUUACCAGUUGGACAGAGAAGGUACAUCAGGCGUCAGCGUAGGGCCAGAGUGUUCCAUCCUGGAUUGGUCGGAUCAUCAUGUCCCAUUGGGCGACGUAGGGAGGAUCUGUGUGCGCGGUGAGCCUGUGUUCCCUGGAUACCUCAAACCAGACGGAACUCUGGACAAGUCGCCGUUCAACUCAAACGGCUGGUUUGACACAGGUGAUCUUGGUUACAUGGAUAAAGACGGCUACCUUUACAUCACUGGGAGGAGCAAAGAAGUUAUAAACCGAGGUGGCGAGCUCAUCUCGCCCUUCGAGGUGGAAAAUGCCAUUAUGCGCUUAUCCAUGUCCCCGGAGUCGCCUCUCCAUGGACGCAUUCUCCAAACUCUUGCCUUUUCGGUGCCUCACGAUGUGUUGCAAGAAGUCGUUGCAGUGGUGUUGGUAACCCCUGCAAAUGCUCCUCGCGUCGAUCUGAAAACACUACAGACUGCUUUACGUUCGUCAUUACAGCAAGUCAAAUGGCCGGUUCUCAUCACUUAUAUGAAUGAUGUCCCAAAGAAGAACAAUAAAGUCUUGAGAAUCAGACUAGGCCAGAGGUGUGGGAUACCAGAGUUAACAGACGACACAUGUUAUCUGAACAGGCACUGGGAGGCUACAUGUCCACCUCCCGACACCGACCUCUCAGUUCCAAUUAACUCAUUACAAUGUGCUAUUGACUAUGGCACCUUGUCUGCUGGCUUGAAUGCCAUCGUUCCUGGCAAUUUUAGGCACUACUGCAGACAGAAUCACACUAGGGGGUCAUUACAAGCUUUUAUCAGUCCGGUUGAAGGAAAUUCAGGGGCAUUAGAUCAACAGCCAGAUGCGUUGAAAGCACAGCUAUCCAAAACCAUUCACGGAUAUUUGGUGCCUGAGCACGUAUACCUGCUGUCAGAUCCCCUGCCACUUGAUCCUUCUGGCGCCGUCGAUAACGACGAACUGGAUCGGCUACUUGCAGAAAUGGAGAAUGAUUCUUUGCAGGAGCUUGAGGCGUCCACUGAAGGAAAAGUUAAAAGGAUUUUUGCAGAUGUCCUUUCCCGAGACCCACGGGACAUAGCACUCAAUGUCGAUUUCUUCACUCUCGGUGGAGAUUCUCUUAAAGCAGGGCGAAUGGUAUCAGCAUUACGAUCUACAUUCGCUAUCCAGAUUCCCAUCCAGCUUGUCUUCAACCAAGGGACUGUUUCUGCUAUUGCUACGUUUGUCGACAAAACAAUAGAACUUCAACCGGCUGAUGCAGUCACUGAUAACACAAUUGGUUGCUCGAAGACUUACAGUUCCACAAACCCCUUUGUGAUGUUUCUUCAGCUGAUUCCGCUCACGGUAAUCUAUCCUCUACGUCGUGCUGUUCAAUGGACCGCCUUUAUUGUUGCUUUGGGCUACGCACAAAGCUGGCCAACAAAUCACCAUACACUGGGUCGGCUGUUCAAUGUGGUGAUUUCGGUUGUAUUCUCAAGAUUUGUUAUUCGAAUCGUCAGUCCCUUUUUUGGCAUUGCGGCAAAAUGGCUGAUUAUUGGCCGCUAUCGCGAGGGGCUUUACCCCAUGUGGGGGACAUACCACACGCGCUGGUGGAUGGUCCAGAAGAUUGUCAGCCUUUGUGGAAAGGGAUUUUUCAAUAUGAAUGGAAGCAUGAAGCUCAUGUAUUACCGGCUGAUGGGAGCAAAGAUUGGCAAAAAUGUCCAGAUCUCUGGCACCUCAGUUGGUGAGUGGGAUCUUCUUGAUAUCAGAGAUGGGGCAACUCUUUCACAAUGCAUGUGUCGUCCAUUUGCUGUGGAGGGAAAUACGUCGAUGUAUUUGGGCCGUAUUGUCAUUGGAGAGAAUGCCUCUGUUGGUGCAGCAUCAAUCAUAACACCCGGUGCAGUAGUCCCUGCCAAUGUUUGCAUAGGAGCGAAUUCGUCGAGCUGGGAGCUUGAUGACGCUGACGAGGAGAACCGGACCCUUUCUUCUAACCAAGCGCAAAAACCGCAUCUUCUUCUCACUUGCUUAUUCACUGUGCCGCUGGUUUUCUUCGUAUGGAUCCUAUCGCUGCUCCCUUGGCUGGGUGGUAUCCUCGGCAUGGUAGAAACGAUGCCCUCCCCAGAUAUCUCGCCAGUAAGAGGGGUUCUUGACUGGUUCUCGACGCCCAAACGGGUGGGAUUUCACUCUCUUGCUUUGGUAUUACGGAGUAUGGCUAGUCCGUACAUCUUCUUUGCUUUCACCUUGGUCGUGAAAUUACUACUAGAUGCCGUGUUUGGAAAGAUGACCUUUGCCUCUGCAAGAGAUCAAGGAGCGAUUGCUACGUGGCGAGCAGCUCUGCUGAAGACCUUGUUGCCAGUUUCGCGCCUACACGACAUGACGGCCAUGUUUGGCCAGCAUUACGAGGCAACAUCUAUUGCUUUACGCUUACUGGGUGGUCGAAUUGGCAAGCGAAUUUACUGGCCAGGGACUGGUCCCGGCAUUGGGGAUUACCAUCUGAUAGACAUCGGAAACGAUGUCGUUUUUGGUUCUCGCUCUCGCUUCAUUACCUCGGAUGGCACUGGUUCCGAAAAGAUCACUGUCGAAGACCGUGUCAUGAUCGCAGAUCGAGUGUGUCUGCUCCCCGGCGUGACAGUUGGCACUCAAGCUACUAUGGGUUCUGGCUCCCUGACACGCCGGGGGGCAUCUUAUGCACCUGGUGGUGUCUUCGUGGGCUCAAAAGGCCGCGACUGUGUCCAUCUCUCAGGUGGCCAGAGCACGGCAGUUGAUGACAAUAAAUUGAACCGUACCCGUACCCGUACCCGUGUGCGGCCAGGUGAGAUUAAAAAGGAAGGCUUUACGGCCUCUGAAAGCGAAACAGAUGAUCAUGCGUCAGAAACGGCGGAGACGGACGACUUGUCUCCAUUUGGACGUGCAUUUUAUCUCAAACGUGCGCCUUACCACGUCCUGGGACAGUUUGCCAUAUUCUGCUACUCCUCAUUCAUCGUCAUUUUCACCACCUUUUACUGGAAUGCGCCAGUCGUCAUAUGCGCACAAGUGGUUGACCACCUUAUGAAUCGGUUCGUUCGCCGCGACAUUGGUUACGUAUUCAAUGUUGGCGUGCUAUUCCUCAUGUCUUGGGCAAGCAUGGCUGUCGUAUUCACAAUGUUGGCCGUUUUGGCGCUCUCCAUUGUCAUUGCGAGCAAAUGGAUUCUGAUAGGCCGCCGGAUGCCUGGAAACUAUGACUGGGAUAAAUCUUCUUACUGUCAACGAUGGCAAAUGUUCCUCAGCAUCGAGAGGCUUCGGCGGCGCUGCUUUCAUAGCCAAGGUAUUAUCGGGCUCUUAACAGGAACCCACUGGAUUGUUAUGUACUUUCGAGCACUGGGUGCUGAGAUUGGCAAAGACUGCGCCCUUUUUGCCAAUGGUAAUCCCAGCUUGACAUUUACAGAGCCGGACUUGAUCAAGCUAGGAGACAGAGUUGCUAUUGACGAUGCUAGUGUGGUGGCUCACAUCAACACUAGGGGCAAGUUUGAUCUGAACAGACUCAAUAUUGGAGACAGGUGUGUCAUGCGUUCGGGAAGCAGACUGCUAAGCGGUGCCACGAUGAAGGAUGACAGCUGUCUUUUGGAACAUACGCUCAUUAUGGGUGGCGAUGUUGUGGAAGAAAGAUGGACAAUGCAGGGAUGGCCUGCAGAGAGGCAUACCGGAAAGAGAGCAGCGAUUGAGUAG